AUGUCACCAACAACUUUGCACUGUCAGGCAUGUCGCUACUCUUUCCUUGACGCCUUUACAUCUAUCGCCGGCAUCUCACUACCUGCUCAACGAAUCUCCCGGCUCCCGUUGCGAUCCUUCCAAACAUCCCAGCGACAGCGACAGCUACACACGACCGCUCGCCGCCUUCUUCCAAUACAGGCCGAGAAGCAUGCCUCAAGUCCCCUAGACACCGAGCCAACCGCUCCAGAAAGUCGCACACCGUCAGAGAUACCAUGGUAUCUCCAAGUCUCGAAUCCAACACCUCCUGCCCCGGUCUCGCCAAUUCUAGCAAGACAAGAAAUACCUCCUCUGCCAUCAAAUCCACCCGCCGUUCUUUUGCCCGUUCUCACUCACCUCUCAACCUCCAUCGGCCUCGACAACCUCACCCUGCUCGAUCUACGCACACUCUCCCCACCGCCCGCUUUGGGCGCCAACCUGCUGAUGAUAAUUGGGACGGCCCGCUCCGUCAAGCACCUCAACGUCUCUGCAGAUCGCUUCUGUCGCUGGCUACGUACAACAUACAAGCUGAGGCCGUAUGCGGAUGGACUGCUCGGGCGCAACGAGCUGAAACUAAAGCUGAGACGGAAGGCGAGGAGAUUAAAGCUAGAGCGACAAGCUGGAAGGACGGGCGUCGAGGAAGGCGCCGACGACGGCAUUACGACGGGGUGGGUCUGCGUCAAUGUAGGCCCAGUUGACGAUGUUGUGCUCGAAGAAGCCGAGACCACUGCGGCAGACGUAGCGGAGCCUGCCGAAGAGAUGGACGCCGCAGACGAGGAAGAGUACACCAACCCCUCCUCCGAGCUGCCUGAGAACGAUACGGACGAUGACCCUACGUACGUCGGCUUUGGCUCUCGAGAAACGUCUCAGCGCAUCGUGGUGCAGCUGUUCACGGAGGAGAAGCGCGCAGAGAUGAACCUGGAGGAGCUGUGGAACGCAAGGAACACGAAGCGCAUCAGGCGGGAAGAAAAGGCGGACGCUCGGCUUGAUUACGCUAGGAGACAGAAGGAGCUGGUGGAGGAUGGAGAACAAGAAGAGCCGGAUAACAAGUCAGGCACCCGCAGAGAUGAGGAAUGGGCACCUUUAUUCAAGGGGAUAUGA